GGUUUGGGUCCUACCUGCUUGGGCUCAACAAGAAGACCUACGAAAUGUCGGGAGUGGAUAUGGAAGGCAACGUGGGGCACAAGGAGCCUGGCCUUGCGUGGAUGAUCGGUUUCCUCCUCGCCGUGAGCUUCGUAGGCAUUCUUGCGCUCGUCCCUCUAAGGAAGAUUUUGGUAAUUGACUACAAGUUAAUUUACCCAAGCGGGACAGCAACCGCCGUGCUUAUAAAUGGAUUUCAUGCAGCUCAGGAAGAUCAACUGGCAAAGAUGCAAGUGAAAGGAUUUACAAAAUACUUUACAAUCAGUUUCUUUUGGAGCGUGUUCCAGUGGUUCUUCUCUGGUGGAGAUAAUUGCGGGUUUUCGCAGUUUCCCACUCUUGGACUACGAGCUUGGAAACAUACAUUCUUCUUCGAUUUCAACCUCACAUAUGUUGGCGCUGGGAUGAUUUGCCCGUACCUUAUCAAUGCGUCUCUACUUCUCGGUUCCGUCCUGUCUUGGGGUGUAAUGUGGCCACUGAUAGCUGGUUUGAAAGGGGACUGGUAUCCGGCAGAUUUACCAGAAAGCAGCAUGAGAAGCCUGCAAGGAUACAAGGCCUUCAUCUGUGUAGCUCUGAUCCUAGGGGACGGCGUAUACAAUUUUACCAAGAUUUUUGUGACCACAAUUAAGAGUCUAGUUGCAAAAUCAUCAACACAGAAGAAUGAAAAGAUAGAGCAAGAUAUCGAUGACAUUCAGCGUAGUGAAGUUUUUGCAAGAGACAGUCUCCCUAACUGGCUGGCCUGCUGUGGUUACGUCGUAUUAGCAAUUGCAGCAGCAAUCACCGUUACCUUGAUGUUCCCUGAGAUGAAGUGGUACUAUGCAGUUAUGGCCUACGUUUUGGCUCCUGCCCUCGGUUUCUCCAAUGCCUAUGGAGCCGGCCUUACUGACAUCAACAUGGCCGCAAAUUAUGGCAAGAUUGCGCUACUCGUUCUUGCGGCCACAGCUGGAAAGGAUUCUGGCGUUGUCGCUGGCCUGACUCGCCGCUGCCUGGUAGGCUGCGGUAUGGUGAAAUGCUUGACGUCGAUAUCUGCCGAUCUGAUGCAGGAUUUCAAAACUGGACAUCUUACAUUGACCUUGCCAAGAUCAAUGCUUAUUGCUCAGAUCAUUGGAACCGCCAUGGGGUGUGUUAUCUCACCACUGACAUUCUUUGUGUUCUACAGAGCCUUUGACAUAGGCAACCAAGAAGGGCCCUGGAAGGCGCCGUAUGCUCUAAUAUACCGGAACAUUGCGAUUCUUGGAGUCGAAGGCUUCUCGGCUCUGCCCAUGCAUUGCUUGAAGCUGUGCUAUGGUUUCUUUGGCUUUGCUGUGGCCGCCAACCUUAUGAGGGACUUCCUUCCUUCCAAGUAUGCUAGAUGGGUUCCGCUACCAAUGGCAAUGGGAUUUCCUUUCCUUGCAGGCGCGAGCUUUGCCAUUGACAUGUGUGUCGGGAGCUUGAUAGUCUAUGUAUGGAACAAGAUUGAUAGACGUAAUGCGGUACCAAUGGUGCCAGCAGUUGCAUCUGGUUUGAUAUGUGGGGAUGGUCUUUGGAUCUUCCCUGCAUCCUUACUUGCACUGGCCAAGGUCAAUCCACCAAUGUUCAUGGCAUUUGCUUCUACACACUAAACGGGCCAGUAAACAUGGUCCAUAGCAUGCAAUAAGUUGAAUGAUAGGAUGAUGAUGAUGCAGCAAUUGCCAAAUCAAAUUGAGUAUCCAGUUAUUCUCUGUAAACUUUAUCAUUAUACAGUAUAUUUAUACCAAUGAGGGUAAUCAAAUUAAGGUGUAUUUUACCACUUAUAUUUUGUGUCGUCACAAUGGUUUUACCAACUAACUUGCAACCAACAUUUGUACCACUUUGUACCAUCUCAGAGUUUGCUGCAGUUGUGCCAAGAAGAAUGAGGUUCUCGCACGAAAAAUGGCGAGGCAGAUCAGCGGCAGGAACAUAACUGUACAACCAAGUAGUAAACAUGGCUAGUAUGAUCUGCUUCCACUUGAAAUUCAGUUUUCGUGACCAUAAGCUCUCAGGCAACCUGUAUCGAAACUGUAACACCAUAGCUCUUGUUUUGGACAGGUCUUCCUGUACAUGAGCAUGAGCCGCUAAUAAGCUUCAGGGUUAGUUGAGUAGUGGCUGCACCCUCGUGUGCUGCAUGUUGUAUAAAUGUAACACUUGAUGACUGCAUACAAACUGUAUAUUCAAUCUCUCUCAUUUAUCUGCUGAGUAGAAUUCACUUAUCUUAUCCAUUUUCAAGUGUGACCAUACUACUGGAACUCCAAGAAAUAUAACACUCAGCCUACUGUGAGGAGCCAUACAGUUCCAUCAGUGUCAGGUGGUUUUGCUGGUGGUAGGGAGGAAGAAACAAUACCAGACAUGUUCAUGGGAAUCCCACUUCCUCCAAAAUCUGUACGAGCACCACUGUGCAGAGAAAAUAUGCAGGACAAAGAUCAUAUGCAGUACUUUUGGACCUAAGCCUGUUGCCGCUACCGUACUGAAGGGACCAAGAAUUCGCCUAUGAUACCCAGAGGGACAAGGUAAUGCCCAGUAUACAUGUACCUCAAAGGAAACAUUUAGGGCCUGUUUGGACCAGCGUUUUCGUUUCAAAUACCUCUGUAAAAAAUACAUGCCUCGCUCGGUCGUUUCGUUUUCUGGCCGGAAAUUGCUCACUAGCCGGUAAGUUACA